AAUUGUGCAUCCGUGGAAUGCAGUAAUGUUGGAUCUGGGGGUCUUGUUGACUAUACGAGUCAAUUUAUUACUAAUGAGAUUUUCAAGAGCAAAGAAGAAUUGCUCGGUUGGGUACGGGACGUUGGAAGGAAAAAUGGGUUUGUGGUUGUCAUCAAGACAUCGGACUAUGGAGGUGGUCAUAGGACACCAAGGAUAUAUCUUGCCUGUGAGAGAAGUGGUCAAUACAGAGCUCAUAAGAAAUUAAAAGGAGAUGAUUCAAACAAAAAAAUUGUGAAGAUAACGGGUACAAAGAAAUGCGGGUGUCCCUUUGAGUUGAGGGCUUGUAAGUUGAUGGAUGAUGAUGAUUGGAUGGUAGAUGUAGCAUGUGGAAUGCAUAACCAUGCUCCUGCUAAACAUUUUGAAGAACAUUCAUUUGCAGGGAGAUUAUCUGAGGAGGAAACAUCAUUACUAGUGGAUAUGUCCAAAAGCAUGGUCAGACCAAAAGAGAUUUUGGUUACAUUAAAAUGA